AUGCGUUCUGAGAUUGACUGGUCUCUCCGGCCAACUUAUUCGCCAGAUCAACUGAGCCGAUAUUUUGACCGGAUCAAUUUCCCUCAGAGGUAUCGGGAGUCGACUAUAAUUAAAAACGGCGCGAGUGCCGACAACCAAGCCGCCUUGUCUCUCUUGGAGACGUUACAGCGAUACCAGUUAGCGGCUGUGCCGUUUGAAAAUCUUAGCCUUCAUUAUUCGGUGCACCGCAAUAUCUCCAUAGAUGCACAGAGCGUUUUCGAGAAAGUUGUGGAUUCCAACUCCGAUCGGGGCGGCUACUGCAUGGAGAACAAUGUCAUAUUCGGGACGGUCUUGCGCAGUUUAGGCUAUAAUACCACUUCAGUUGGAGGUCGGGUCAACGAAGCCGUCCAGCCUAUGUCAACGUCGAAGAACUGGACCGGCCCUAAAUUCCAAGGAUGGAACCAUAUGAUCAAUAUUGUUGCAAUCGGCGAGCAGAAGUACCUCGUAGAUGUGGGAUUUGGUUCCAAUGGACCACACCGGCCCAUGCCAUUAGUGCAUGGGUUCGAAUUCCACAACGUCGGCGAACAGUACGGGCGGCUGCUCUAUGGACCGAUCACUCAACAAACGCUUAAGGGUCAGUCUCUUUGGCAAUAUGAGCUCAACCACGGGAAAGACACAUGGAUACCCGCCUACUGCUUCACCGAAGUCGAGUUCCUUCCUGAAGAUUUCACAAUCAUCAACUACUAUAUCAGUCGAAGCCGGGAGAGCUGGUUUACCUUCCACAUCGUGUGCGUACGAAUGCUUCUAGACGAGAAGGGCGAGAAUGUUGUGGGAGACUUGACACUGUUCAAUGAUACCUUAAAAAGGCGUAUUGGAGCAAGGUCUGAAGUGUUGCAAUGCUUUGCCUCCGAGGAGGAGCGCCUGGCGGCCCUAGAGAAAUAUUUUAAUAUAUAUCUCUCACGGGCGGAUCAAGCGAGUAUUCGCCACACUAUCUCAGAGAUUCUCUAG